CUACGAGCAGGUGGCGAAUAAAAUCAUUGCUACCUAGGAGGCUUGUUGAACAAAUCGCUGCCGGCUAUGUGUUGAGCUACGCAUGAGGGCUUUUACCUCCAAAUCCAUGGCAUCCCUUAACCUACAAAAACUCCUUCGGGCACCAGUGGAAAUGCCGCAGCUCUUCGCUCCUGUGGCGCCGGCGCUUGCCCGAGCCCACAGGGCCACCGAGUGGCGGCCAUCCCAAUUGCCUAACACCAGGCGACAUAUCAGCAAGGUGGCAGCAGCGGCGGCAUCCGAUCCCGCCAGCGGCCCAGGACCUUCCUCUAAUACGGCAGCAGCGCCUGCUGCUUCUGCGAGCGCUGCCUUUAGCCACAGCUCUAUCAGCAGUAGCACCAGUAGCAGUAGCACCAGUAGCAGUAGCACCAGUAGCAGUAACAGGUGGUAUGCGGAGGAGGACUAUGACGUCAUCGUGGUGGGAGCGGGCCAUGCAGGGUGCGAGGCAGCGCUGGCGGCGGCGCGCCUGGGUUGCCGUACGCUGCUGCUGACCCUUAACUUGGACCGGGUUGGCUGGCAGCCGUGUAAUCCCGCUGUAGGCGGCCCCGCCAAGUCGCAGCUGGUUCACGAGGUGGACGCUCUGGGGGGCGAGAUUGGCCGCAUGGCGGACCGGUGCUACCUGCAGCGGCGAGUCCUGAACCGGUCCAAGGGCCCGGCGGUGUGGGCGCUGAGGGCACAGACAGACAAACAUGAGUACUCUCGAACCAUGCGGAGGGUGCUGGAGGAGCAGCAAGGGCUGGAGAUUCGGGAGGCCAUGGUUGUGGGUCUGGAUGUGGGGCCCAAUGACGAGGUUCGCGGCGUAAAGACCUACUUUGGCAUCACCUUCCGCUCCCGGGCGGUGGUACUCACCACGGGCACCUUCAUGAACGGCACCAUCUGGGUGGGCCGGCAGUCCAUGUCAGCUGGCAGGGCUGGCGAGGCUGCCAGUGUGGGCCUUACGGAGGCGCUGCAGUCCCUGGGCUUCGAGACGGACCGCCUAAAGACCGGCACCCCAGCACGUAUCGACGCCCGGACGGUUAAUUUUUCAGUGCUGGAGCCCCAGCCGGGAGAGGAGGAGGGCUUCAGCACGGGGCUGCCGGAGCGCCUCCAGCUGGCGCUGCUGCAAACCCUGCCCGGCCUGGAGCGAGUCAAGAUGCUGAGGCCGGCCUACGCAGUGGAGUACGACUACCUGCCCGCCCACCAGUGCCACCCCACCCUGGAGACAAAGAAAGUCCAGGGGCUGUUCUUCAGCGGCCAACUGAACGGAACCACGGGCUACGAGGAGGCUGCCUCGCAAGGGCUGGUGGCGGGAGUCAACGCCGCAAUGCGGGCGCUGGGCCGUCCCCCCGUGACCCUGCCCCGCGACUCGUCCUAUCUGGGCACCCUGAUCGACGACCUGGUGACGAAGGACCUUCGGGAGCCGUACAGAAUGCUAACUAGCAGAUCCGAGUACCGGCUGCUGCUCCGCUCCGACAAUGCAGACCGGCGACUGACCCAGCUCGGCCGCGAGAUUGGACUCAUUGACGAUCGCAGGUGGCGCUUGUUCCGCGACAAGCAGGCCCGCAUCGAGGCGGAGAAGGCCCGCCUGGCCGCCUGCCGCAUCCGCGCUGACAGCGAAGCCGCGCUCGCCGCCGCCGCCCUGUCCGGUCACGCAGUGCCCUCCAGCCUCACCUUGGAGGAGCUGCUGAGACGGCCUCACGUGCACUACUCCAUUCUCGAGCGCCACGGCUUGGAUGGAGGGUCGGAGCUGAGCUUUGCGGAGCGUGAGGCGGUGGAGAUUGACAUCAAGUAUGCGGGCUUCAUUGCGCGGCAGGAGAAGCAGCUGGCGGCGUUCUCCUCCAAGUCCUCCAAGCCGUUGCCUCCCGACCUGGACUACAGCGCCAUAUCCACUCUGUCAUUGGAAGCGAGGGAGAAGCUCAACAAGAUCCGGCCUCGCGAUAUUGGCCAGGCGUCUCGCAUCGGCGGCGUCAGCCCCGCGGAUGUGUCCGCGUUGCUGGUGCACCUCGAGGUGGCACGGCGGCGGGCGGCGGCCGCCAAGGCCAAGGCCUCAGAAUCUGGACCCGGAUCUGGUUCUGAUGCGGAUAGGGGAGCAGAGGCUCCCGAGCGACAGGCAGUCGCCGCUGCGUGA